AUGACCGAAAAUAUGAGCAUUGAUCCACAGGAUCCUCACGGUUUUGAUUACCUCCUAGGAAGAGACUUGGGUGCAAUCAAGGGGAAUUAUACCUAUCGGUGUCCCGUGUCAAAGCACUACGGAUUCACCUAUGAGGAUAGCUUCUCUCACAAUGCCGAAGAUCUUUUAGACCCCAAAAGCACAUUGUCCCAAAGGUAUCCCCAAGUGAGUCAGGUUCUUCGAGAACGCCUAGGGGUAGCGUUUGCCAAACGGAAUAACGAGGAAUACUCAAGGUGUAAUUGCCAGGAUAAUUUAGGCUUCAGGUGCGACAGUGAAGUAUUUCAAAAAGAGGGCCUUACUUAUUAUGACGAUUUUAUCCGUCUAAGUGCUGAGGGAAAGACCACUGCCAAGGCAGUAUGCAUUUGUCCGGACCUUAAAGAGCGAGUGCAGAUAUACGGAUUUAUAGGUGCAGGAACAUUUGGUGCCACGUUUAUUGCACGCGAGAAAGGCGCACCUGGGGUUUCCUUGGAGGACCUUGAACAAUUCGCAAUCAAAUCUCAAGUCCACACAACACGAUGGAUGGACAGGAAGAAAGGUUACCCACCUCAGAUGACACCAUUUCGUGAGCCCAACGGAGAUACACGGUAUAUUCCAGAAGAAGCUCUCCUUUUGAUCUAUCUCGAUGAUAGCGAAAGGUUCCCACGGCUCGACUCGGUCUACACUCACGGUAUGCUAACAGCAAUUCUUAUGACUCCCUGUGUCGAUCCUAGCUCUGAAGCUGUUUCAGCUAUUGAUGAAAGCCACUUUGACAGGAUCAAGUCAAAGGGGGCCAUACCGCGCAUCCGAAAGAGAUAUCCCCUGUUCCCAGCUUUCGACGGUAGCCAUCUUAUGUCAGACACCAAAGAGCCUCCAGUAGGGGAAGUAGAGGGCUGUAAAAUUGCAUCUCAGCUUCUCCAAGCCAUGAUAGAAUUGGCUGAUAUGAGCGUCUGCCAUGCCGACAUGUCGGUAACAAAUUAUCUUAUGGACCAAGACCUGAACGUUCAACUAAUCGAUCUUGGAAUGACUUACUUCUCACUUAGGAAAUCGGGGUUCAUGAGGAACCAAAACCAUUUUAUUCCCUACCACGAGUACCAAAUGAUGCCUGAGCGAGCUAUCGAACUGGAAAAAUACGACAAUUGGAGGGAUCCAUGCCAUGAUGAUGUUGGUAUCGAAACGAUCCACUUACCUAUGGAUGAGCGGGACAUUUGUGUAUGGAAAUAUUCAACGCUCGUAUACGGAUUUCUUCAUGGAUUCUGGCCCUGGGAUGAACCUGAGCCAGUGCCGAGUGGCUUGGAGUGGCACGCUAGGUAUAAUGGGCCUUACAAUGACCCAUACUAUCCGGUAGUCAAAAGCAGACGCAAGAGAAUGAUUAACGAGGAUGCAGCAAUCAACGAAUCACUCUCACAGGAUUGUAAGGAUGUGUUACAAGCCACAUUAUCUAGAGAUAAGUCUGACCGGCCCUCGUUGGAAGAGCUAUCGUCAUUUCCUUGGUUCUCUCGAUGGUCUGCUGAAGAAGUCGAGUCUGGUCGCCCUUUAAAACGACCUUUUAUCAAGGACUUCCAUGAUGCUAACCGUGAGGAUGGCCGAAAAGGUUUCCCAUGGCCAAGUAUAUCACUGGACCAAGGUAUGUCAGUUCCCGUCAUCAACAGCCCGAUAUAUAAUUCUUCUGAUUCGGCCGGAUCUUCUUCUGUUUCAUCUGAUUAUUCUACAUAUUCCGAUGAAUCUGAUGAUUGUGAAUAUGAGGAAGCACCUCCUUCUCAACACGAGGGAGGUUCGUCCCUUUAG